AUGGAGCGUUGGCUCGAGGUCCGUGGCAAGGUACAGAACGUCAUGUUCCGGCAGACUGUAAUCCGUGCCAUGCAAAAGCGGGGACUAGAAGGCGGUGCCACCAACGACAGUCAAGACAAAAACCUGGUACGAAUGACGCUGCGUGGAGACUUUGAGCAGAUGGAAGACCUGGUAGCAGCGCUGCGUCAUGGUAAAGCGCUCAACACGUGGGGAGCUAGAGCCACUAGUAUCAAAGAUGUGGAUGCAGAGCACGGCCUGGCACUUGAUGCCCAUCAAGUGACCACUACCACCGUCGAUACUCGCCGCUGGAACCCCAACAUUACCAUGUUUAUCUAA